GACUGCGGGGCAAUGGCGGACGAGAUCAGGAAAGCGCAGAUCGCUAAACCCGGCGGCGACACCAUCUUCGGCAAAAUCAUUCGCAAGGAAAUCCCCGCCAAAAUCAUCCACGAGGACGAUCAGUGCAUUGCUUUUCAUGAUGUUGCACCACAGGCUCCAACACACUUCCUAGUGGUUCCAAAGAAACCGAUUGCCCAAUUGUCUGACGCAGAUGAGUCCGAUGCACCACUGCUGGGGCAUUUGAUGAUCAUCGGUAAAAAGUGUGCACAGGACUUGGGCUUAAGCAAGGGAUACCGGCUUGUCCUAAACGAAGGGGUGCACGGUGGUCAGUCUGUUUACCACAUUCAUCUCCACAUCUGUGGCGGACGCCAAAUGGAUUGGCCGCCAGGUUAAUCGUCUACCGCAUGAGUAUGCUGUACACAGUCAUGGUGUUCAGAGCAGCACUUAUUGUACAAAGCACUGGAUACAAAGCUUGUCUAUGGUUACAUAUUGCUUGUGUCCAUAACCACCAUCACUGUGUUUUCCUUCGAGCUUGUUGUUUUUGAACACGUUGAAAAAUAAAUUCACUGCAUGUGG